UCUGUGGCCUCCCGGGCCGGAAGCGAGCGCGAGGAGGGCGGGAGGGAGAGAGACUUCCUCCGCCGGUCGCCCGGGAGCCGAGAGGAGCCUCCGAGGCCGGUCUCCUCCGGCUGACCGGGCGUCACGGCCCUUGGCUUGGCACCAUGGUGUCUGUCAUGAUGGCAACGUCAGAGUGGAUUCAGUUCUUCAAAGAAGCUGGGAUCCCCCCGGGGCCUGCUGUCAACUACGCCGUCAUGUUUGUGGAUAAUAGGAUCCAGAAGAACAUGCUGAUGGACCUCAACAAGGAGAUCAUGAACGAGCUGGGCAUCACCAUCGUCGGAGAUAUCAUUGCCAUCCUCAAACAUGCCAAAGUCGUGUACAGGCAGGAAAUGUGCAAGGCUGCUACAGAAUCGGUGGCUUCCAGCCAACCCACCCUGCAGUCUGAACUCCGCCGGAAUGCCAACAGCGCUGCCACCCGGAUGAUCGCAAACAGCUUGAGCCGAGACUCCCCACCUUCCACCCCGGUCCGAAGACCCGACACCAGCACCUCCAAAAUCUCCAUCACGGUCUCCAAUAAAAUGGCAGCAAAGAAUGCCAAAGCAGCUCUCUGCAGUCCAGAGGCCGAGAACUCCACGCUCCCAGUGAAGCGCCGCCGCGUCACGGCAGAGAUGGAAGGGAAGUACAUUGUCCACAUGCCCAAGGGAACCACCCCCAGGACCAAGAAGAUCCUGGAGCAGCAGCAGCAGGCAGCCAAAGGCUUACAGAGAACCUCCGUGUUUGACCGGCUGGGCGCAGAGACCAGCGUGGACACAACCACAGGAAGCAAGCCCACGGGAGUCUUCAGCCGCCUGGGGGACAUGCAGGAGGCCGAGGAGGACAAAGCAGUGGAGAGCGACGAUGACAGCUCCGUCUUGCAGUACGCUGGGGUGCUGAAGAAAUUCUUCAAGCCCUCCAGGCCCAAGGAGAGUGCCAAGGCCGCUGGGGCGACGGUCAAAGCCAAAGCCACCAGCUCCGAGCCCCAGCUGAAGGCCACAGCCACCCCUGCCCUCCAGCGGCUCGGGAGCAAGAGCCUGGCGGAAAAGAAGGAGAAGAAGGCUGAGCCGCCCCCGCUGCAAGGCGGCAUGGCCAAGAGACUGGGCAAGCGCCCUCUGCCUGCUGAGGCCCAGGACAGCCAGGUCACCAGCUCCAGGAGCAAGCCGGAGUCCGAGUUCCGAGUCACCAUCAAGAGAACUUUGGGCAGCGCGAAGGUAAGCAGCACCACGGAGGGCCCCAGCGCCCAGAUGGACAACACGGGCACCGUCAGCGUCUUUAAGCGGUUGGGCAGGAAGGCGGUGUGAGCUGGGCCCCCCACCCACCCCAGCACACCCUUCGCCUGCUUGCGUGUGGGAGACCCUCUUUGGACAGCUUGAAGUCGGUGCCCCCUCUUUCCCGACUGCAACACAAACGGGCUCUUGCGCGGCCUCCGGGCGGAGGACGGCUUCUGUGAAGCUUGGCGUCGGUUCUUCCAGCUGUUUCCACAGGUCUGUGGGGCAGGAGCGGAACUGGGGGGUCUUGUGUGGCUGCAUGGCCCACCUCAAGGCAGCGGCUUGCCAGUGCCGGAGGCAGCACCCACCCAACGGAGCAUUGCUGGGGUCGGGGUGAGGGCUCCCAGCGGGCGCGAGAGGUCAUGUUGCACUGAAUCCUCCUUUCUCUGUCUCUGUUAUUUCCCCUCUGCAGGUCCUUGCUCUCUCCUAGGAAGUAGGUGCCUUGAGGGCCCUGUAAAAGAGCUUGCAAGAUUCAGUAGAUCCCACCCCCACUUUCUUUUCUGUCUUUCCCAAGCGUUUACCUGCUGCUUUUCUGCAGCCUAGGAACGGCAACUGAACAGCUGGCCAGAAAUUUCCUCUUGCUGGACACUGGGAUCACGCAGUCAGCCAGCGGGGUCCCAGUGCUGAGUUUUGCCUCCUGCCAGGAGGAGGAGGAAAAUUCUGGCCGGCUCCUCUUUGAGUUCCAUCUCUCCUCUGAACAGGAGAGUAAUUUCUCCUGGCCUGGCUGUGGCAUGUGAGACGAGGUUCUUGUGGGGGCAGGAGAUGGUUUCAUGUGUCAAGAGUCCCAAACUGGGCCGGCUCUCCUGCCCCAGCCUCCUGGGAAGGGAGAAGAGAGGGCCAGGUCUCCUUCCCAGAGUCAGAGUUUCAGGCCUUCGUUGAGCCAAACUCAGAUGCACGAUCUGGACCCUGGCUAAAUCUGAAGUCAGACUCUGGUGGGAAUUGCAGUGGGCUUGGUUUUUCCAUGCUCCUCUUCUCCAUCAACCCCGAUGGGCACCCGCAUUGCUGUUUUGAGAAGCUGGGGUGGUGUAGGAUGGAAGGCCAGCACCCAGGGCAGCCAUAUGCUGCCUCACCUGCCCUGCAGCUUCCUUGUGAGCCUGGUUCCCCCUUUCAGAGGCACCUGCCCUACAGCAGCAGGAGGGGCACUAAUGCCAGGCCUGUUUUGCGCAGAGAGAUGGUGGUAUGCAAGCCGCCUGCCAUCUCUCUCCCCUCUGGGCUCCUGCUGCUCUUGGUCUCCGCUAGAGCCCCACGUCUGAGUUUCAUAGGAUGCUGCCCAUGCCAGCUGGCCUCCGCACAAUAUAUAUUUGGAAAAUGAAAACAGGCCAUUGCAAUGUGGUACGUCCGAGAGUCUUGGGCAAUGGCAGUAGAGAUGGAAAUGCUCGAGGGGCCCUCCUGGACGGAGGGUGGCCUGCGAGGUAGCCCAGGCCACUCUUGCACUUGACCGAAAACUCUGUAUCCCAGCAUGCACUGCCAGUUGGAGUAUCCCUUGUGUUGGCUUCUGAUUGGCACGGAACCCAGAGACGCUUCCUGUACUCUGAGGUGCCGUCUGUGUCCCCAGCUGCCCUAGAGAGAAUUAUGUGACCUGCACGAUUUAGGGGAUGUGGUGCUCCCCCAUGCACCUGUUAUCAGUUAAGGCAGCAGCUGUGUGGGAUUUCUAAUGGUUUAAAUGAAUUUUUAUUGAUUAAAUUAGGGAGGGGGGAAGCUAGAAGAGCUGUGGUGUAAUGGUUGAUAGUUUUUUUUUUUUUAAAACAAGACUUUUUUGUAAACAUGAGUUGAUGUGCAAUUUGGAUGUAUCCUUGCAUUCGGCUGUCAGUUGCCCAAAAGUGCAGGGGGGAGGGCGGCAAGGUUCUCAGUGCUGCUGUCAGAGCCUGCCAGGUGUGUUCCUGCACUCCCCACACCCCACCGCCCAGGUAGGGGAAUAAAGGAAUGUUCUCUUGCAAUAAAAUGAGUCUCCUCUU